UGUAAAGAAUCUUAUCUAAGUCCUUUACAAUUUUAGGGGGUAUGUCAAUUGAUAAUGAGACAUAGACCGAUCUGGAUAACCCUUCAGCUUUGGAUAAUAAAACCCGACCGUGUAACGAAAUAUAUCUCAUCAACCAGAGGUUCAAUUUCUUCUUUGUUUUCUCAAUGAUGGGGUUAAAGUUCAAUUCACUCCUUUGUUUUUCAUCCUUGCAUAUAACAAUUCCAAGAUUAGUAACCUUAUCUUUAACUGGGAUACCAUAUACUUCCUGUAAAACACAAUCCUUGAGUGGAAAUAAGACUGACUUAUUGAUAUACAUUUUCAAACUCGAAACUAAGGAAAAGUCUUCAAUACAGGAAACUGCUUUAGAAACCUCAUUCCUGUCUCUUAAAAAUGGCUGAUGGUAUCAUCAGCCAGUUGACAUAGUUUAAAUUCCUUGCCAAGUGCUGAAACACCUUGAAAAUUCCCUUUCUUGAUAUGAAGAGCCAUAAUUUGAGAAACCAAUAAAAAUACAAAUGAACUAAUUGGGCAGCCCUGCCUAAUGCCACAGCCAAUUUCAAAUCUUUGGGAUGUCCCGUGAGCUAAUUUUACAGAGCUAGUACAACCACUAUAUAAAGUUUGGACUGUUUUCAAAAAAAGUCACCAAACCCCCCAAAACGUAUUGCUUUGAACAUAAACGCAUGUUCUACCGUGUCAAAAGCGUUAUAAAAAUCAACAAACAUAAGAAAACUAUCAUCAAGGAUGAGGUCAUUAUAGUCAAUCAUAUCUAUGAUCAACCGGAUGUUAUUACUAAUGUCUCAACCAUGCAUAAAACCAGAUUGUUCUUCAUCAAGUAUAUGAUGCAAGCCUUGUUUCAACCUCUUAGCAAAUACAAGGGCAAAUCAUUUCCCAUCAUUAUUCAACAGGCUAAUGGGUCUCCAGUUGUCUAUAUAAAGAGUAUCCUUAUUAGGUUUGGGAAUCAAAGUAAUUACACCUUACUUUAAGGAAGCCAGUAACUCCCCAUUUUCUAUUGAUUCGUGAAACAUAGAAAGAAUGAAAAGAAUCAAUUUAUCAUUGAACGCUUUAUAAAACUCGCUUAUUAAACCAUAAUUUCCAGGGGACAUAUUGUCCUUAAGGCUUUUAAUACAGUCUUUUAUCUCAAUUUCAGAUAACUCAUCAUCACAAAAAUCCCUGAAACCAUUAUCAAUUCAAUUCAAUUCAAUUCAAUUUGCUUUAUUGGCAUGACGUAACAAUGUACAUAUUGCCAAAGCUUAUUUACAAUAUAAAAAUGAGAAUCAAAAUGGUCAACGGGACAACAGUAACAACAAUAACUAAGUGUCAAAAUAACCAACACAUUCAACAAUAACAAUAAACAUACAGUAGAGGACAUGUGCAGGUUGAUUGGUCUGUCAGACACUGUCCCUUAACUUAUGGCAGGCAGCAAUGUAGUGCGCUGCCAACCCACAGCUCUCUGCGUCCUCCCCCAACAGGACGGGUAGCCUAUCCUCAUCAGAGAGGUCUUUGAAACCUUGAAUAAGAGUUUCAAAUUUGGGGAAAUGACACUCUCUAAUUGUUUUAUAUUUUGGACAUUUUGUCAGGAAAUGCAGCUCCGUCUCAGGUUCUGCUGUUGUGCAGUGGUUGCACAGCCUUUCCUCUACAGGGAGCCAGGUUUUCCUGUGUCUACCCUUCUCAAUGGCAAGGCUGUGCUCACUGAGCCUGUACUUUGUCAAGGUUUUUCUAAGGUUUUGAUCAGUAACCAUAGUCAAAUAGUUAGCCACGGUGUACUGUCGAUUUAGGGCCAGAUAGCACUGCAUUUUGCUUUGUGUUUGUGCUUGUGUUUCCCAAUAAGCAAUGUAGUUUUGUUUUGACUGUGUUGUAAUUUGGUUUAUUCUGAUUGAUUGGAUGUUCUGGUCCUGAGGCUUCAGUGUGUUAGUAGAACAGGUUUGUGAACUCAGCCCCAGGACCAGCUGGAUGAGGGGACUCUUUUCUUUGCUCAGCUCUUGGUAUUGCAGGGCUUGGUAGUGAUAUGAGAGGGGGUCACUGUAUUUUAGAUGUUUCCAAAACUUAAUUGCUCUUUUUUGAGUUUUUAUUAUUAGUGGAUAUUUGCCUAAUUCUGCCCUGCAUGCAUUGUUUGUAGUUUUCCUCUGGACAUGUAGGAGCAUCUUACAGAACUCUGCAUGCAGGGUUUCAAUGGGAUGUUUGUCCCAUUUGAUGAAAUCUUGUUUUGCAAGUGGACCCCACACCAUUAUCUAUUAUCUAUUAUCCAUUAUCUAUCUAAGUCACUAGAAUGAUGACUAGCAAUUUUAACGGAUUCUAAAGGGAAUCAUAGAAUUCCAAACUCAUUUCUAUGGCAACACAGUAAACAAUCAUUUUCGAACGUGUGUUGCCAAGAGACAUCUAACCGACGUUCUAUGGAACGUUUUCUGUGCGAAAACAACAAUUUCAGUUUGCUGCUGACAACAAACUUGUUUGAUUUUUGAGACCUGAGAGAACAAUCGACUGGAAAAUGCCUGGAUGCUUUUCAAAACUGGCGGAGAGAGGGCGUGGACGUCGUUGGCCUACUGCGUCGACAGGUUGUUCAAAUUCAUUUGGGGCUUGUUUUUCUUGUCUUUUUCUGUUUUGCAGGGUUCGUGAUCGUCGACAGGUGGACAGCGACAGCGACUUCGAAGAGGAAACAACUGUCCUGGAUGAGGUCCAGUUGGAUGUGCCAUUGGAUGAUGUGCCAGAUGUUCCACAGCUCAGACUUGAUGUCCAGAAUGCUGCUAUCAUCCUUGAGGAUGUGCCAGAUGUGCAGACUAUCCUUGAGGAGGCCACUGGCAAUUGGCAGUUGAUUCCGAUUAGGUUCAGCCCACUGUACUGUGGGCCUGUUGUGAUCAGGAACAAUGCCGGUCCGGUGGUUAAAGCUUGGAGAACUUUCCAGUUCAUCAGCCCCAUCAUCACCUACAUGCGUGGGGGAUCCCAGCAGAUGGUGGUGAGGAUGCACCACGUGAGUAGGGUGAGAGGCCUGGAGACUCAACUGGUGUGGGCCAUCUCCAAGGAGACAGCCAGGCUUAGUCCAGAGGGCAUCCCCUACUGUGCCACUAAAGUGCAGUCCAUCACUUGGAUCCAGCGUGUGGCUGUCAGGGUGACCCACUAUGCGUCUCACCUACGCCACGAGACGUCUGUGGACGUGACGCUUGGCUGCUACCAGCAGACUGAUGUCUCAGUGGUGUACGCCACUCUCCACAUGGGGCUGGACGGGCUUCUCUCCUCUUCAGCGUGGUCGGAGGCUGCCUCCUUCUCUACGCCCACCACUCAGCAGUUCACUGACCCAGAGCCUGAGGGCCACAACUGCUAUGAGGGCUGGGAGGAGGACCUGCUGCCUGAGGAGAGGGAGGUUCCUCUGCUAAACCUCUACCUUACCACCAAGAGAGUGGAGGACAUCGCCCUGAGGCUCGUCUCCCUGCGCCAGGCCUUCACUACCCUGCUUGGUUCCACCCUGAGCAGGAACCAUCUGUUUGUGGCGGGAAAGGUCCUCCUGGGCUCACUGGUUCAGGCCAACCACAUGGACGAGGCCAAGUUCAUCCUUACCUAUAACGACUUUGUGGACUACCUGAGUGACCCCUCCAAGCGGAAUGACAUUGCGAGGGAGCUGGCUGAGGCAAAUAUCCAUCAUGUGAACAUGAUAGAUGUCCUCUUUGAGCUGGUGCUGUUUGGGUUGAUGACAGCUCAGAAGUCCCUGAUGGUGCACCCUGGUGGGUUCGUGGAGCGUCUGUACGCUCUCCUGUACUCCUUCCUGCCCACUGAUGCCAACAUGGAGCCAGAGGCUGACAGAUACCUGCUGCUGCUCAAUGUAAGAGUCAAGAGGUUACUUCCUGUUUACUUCCAUAUUCUUAGUGUACUUCCUUUUUACUUCCGUAUUCAUGGUUAACCAGGUUCCAAUGCCAUUUUAGGGGGAGUAUUUCUAAUUGUCUCUCUCCUCUUGAUAAGCUAGUAACUCAGAGCCAUUUUCUAUGUGUUGUGUGGUAUUCUCUUCAGGGUGGGCUGAUGGCUCUGCUAGAUGACAUGUUUGGCCAGCAGCUGGCCUGGUACUUUAACCCAGAGUCUCUGGUCACUGAGCUCUCCAGCCUCCUGGAGUACCACUUGGAGAACCUCAUGGCCAGCAUGUAGUCAUACUGCAGGGACCAUACUACUUUCUCCUUCUCUCUCUCUUUUGAAGGAAUUGAGGACUUGAAGUGCUUUGUUGAACCCUGAUUAGUUAACACCCAUUAA